AGUUCCCCGACCCCCAAAGAGCUGUUGGCCAGCUGGUGGGAGCGGUGCAGCAGCAGCGCAGGAAGCACGCACGCACCAGUACCCGACCGCAACUCACCUUACCUCUGCCGCCCUCAAGUGGCCCUGUCCUCAGCUGAAGGGGAACGACGACGUGCACCUGGCUGCAUUUCCGCCAUCCAAACCACCAUCUCCAAAUCUCCCAUUUUCCUCCCGUCGUGUCUCGCUUCUACAUUAGCCUUUCAACGGCUGGCAACAAAGGCUCAGUUUGCGAGCAACCCAAGCCCACCUAAAAGGGGAAGCCUCUUUUCUUUCGCGUACUUUAUGCCCGUAAUACCGACCGCUUCAUUCAACAGCAAGCUCGAGACGAUCCCCCCUCUGCCCCUGGCUCCGAAACCAUGUGACGGAACCAUCGAAUCCCGCCCACCAACUUCGCUCCCAUCGCCAACUCGCUCGCUUUUCUUCGAUUACUCUUUCAAGUACACACGAGACUUCAGCGCGUCCUGCUUCUAG